AUGUCGCCUCUGAACGAAGCCGCCUGGAUUCUGAAGCCCAAAAGUGAUCUAAAGCGAUUCACCGCGGCGUACAAUAUCCCUUCGCUUGAUGAAAUCGUGAUCGAGAACCAUGCUGUUGCCAUACAGCCUCUCGACGCCAAUAUCCGGGCCCAAGCAUACGUGGAUGUGCCCUACCCAUUCAUCUUGGGCAAUGGAGUUGCCGGUAUUGUCCAUGAAGUCGGAUCGUCAGUCACCAAAUUCAAAAAGGGCGACCGCGUCGUGUCCGAUACACCUACUUACCAGCUCAAAGAAGCUAAGUACGGGGGCUGGCAGAAAUACGUCGUGACUAGAGAAGCCACGACCGCGAAGAUACCAGCCAGCACGACUUUUGAUGAUGCCGCUGCAAUACCUUUUGCGCUUUUGACAGCUGUUUCUGCAUUACACUUGCACCUGGGUAUGGGAAAGCCAGGAACAAAUAGCAAAGGGAAAGCACUUAUAUGGAGUGGUAGUGGAUCUGUGGGGGGCUACGCUGUUCAAUAUGCGGCCAGUGUCGGUUGCGAAGUCAUAGCAACGGCUUCCCCGCGGAAGUUCGAUUAUGUUCGUGGCCUUGGAGCCUCCACUGUUCUCGACUACAAGGACGAUGAGAUUGUAUCCAAAUUAAAGAGUCUCGGGCCCUUUGAUUAUAUCUUCACGGCUUCGGGUGAUGCGAAAAGUGCAAAUGCUAUAAGUGACAUCCUGCAACCAAACGGUGGGAGAUUUGCAUCUGUCCGUGCGCAGAGUAAAGAGAUAAACCUGGCCCAAAAUGUCGAUUUAAUUUACGACUUCUUCAGCAUGACUACCCAGAAGGAGGAAUAUGGUGAUUUUACGGAAUGGUGGUAUCGUGAGUAUCUUCCCGGGGCACUGGGCGGAAAUGUGACCCCCACGCCUUUGGAAAAGCGAGCUGGUGGGUUGAACAGCAUUCAGGAGGCUUGUACCGACGUUUUGGAAGGGCGCAGCCCGAAAAAGCUGGUUCUAAACCCCCAGGAUCCUGAUAAAUGA